AUGAGGUUCAAAAUUUUGUUCCAACAUGCCCUAAACUCUAAUUUGGAUCAGCUGCAGCACGGCCCAUUGAAAGCCACGAAAAGAUUCGAGCGAUUUGCAUAUCGCGAUAUGAGACCAGAGCGCCGGAUGGGGUUUUGUGCCGGGUACAGUAGAGCGGUAUGUACUGGUGUUAAAAGACUCAAAAUUAAGGCCUGCAGUGCUUCUUCGGGUCCGAGCUCCAACUCAGUGGAAGGCGACACCGAGUCAGCGCAGCAGCUAUUCGAGAAAUUGAAGGAGACAGAAAGAGAACGAAUGAAUAAGUUGGAAGAAUUUGAAAGAAAGGCAAAUGUUCAGUUAGAGAGGCAACUUGUGAUGGCUUCGGAGUGGAGCAGGGCACUGCUGACCAUGAGGGGGAAGUUGAAAGGAACGGAGUGGGACCCUGUGGGUUCUCAUCAGAUAGACUAUAGUGACUUCAAGAGACUUCUCGAUUCGAACAAUGUCCAAUUUAUGGAGUAUUCUAAUUAUGGUCAGACGGUCUCAGUGAUUCUACCAUACUACAAAGAUGGAAAAGAGGAGGGUUCAGAUGCUGAUACAAAGAAGGAAAUCAUUUUUCGACGCCACGUGGUCGAUCGUAUGCCAAUUGAUUGCUGGAAUGAUGUUUGGCGGAAGUUGCAUCAACAGCUUGUUAACGUCGAUGUCCUUAAUGCAAAUACAGUUCCAGCAGAAGUCUAUUCCACUGUUGCCACUGCAGUUGUGUGGUCCAUGAGGCUUGCUCUUUCUAUCGCUUUAUAUGUCUGGAUUGACAAUAUGAUGAGGCCAAUAUACGCUAAAUUAAUACCUUGUGAUCUUGGUACUCCUCCUAAAAAGAACGCCACACAACCACUUCAGCAGCGCGCCUUAGGAUCAUUAGGCAAGAGUCGGGCAAAGUUCAUAUCAGCCGAAGAGAAAACAGGUGUUACCUUCGACGAUUUUGCUGGCCAAGAAUAUAUUAAGAGGGAGCUACAAGAGAUUGUUCGAAUACUAAAGAAUGAUGAGGAGUUCCAAAACAAAGGUAUCUAUUGCCCAAAAGGUGUGCUCCUUCAUGGUCCUCCUGGAACUGGUAAAACACUUCUUGCAAAAGCUAUAGCUGGUGAAGCAGGACUUCCCUUUUUUGCAGCAAAUGGCACAGAUUUCGUGGAGAUGUUUGUUGGUGUAGCUGCUUCUCGUGUAAAGGACCUUUUUGCCAGUGCCAGGUCAUAUGCUCCUUCCAUCAUUUUCAUUGAUGAGAUAGAUGCAAUUGGCAGCAAACGUGGUGGACCUGAUAUUGGUGGGGGUGGUGCAGAGAGGGAACAAGGUCUCCUUCAAAUCCUGACUGAAAUGGAUGGCUUUAAAGUCUCAACAUCUCAGGUGUUAGUUAUUGGCGCAACAAAUAGAUUGGAUAUUCUUGAUCCUGCUCUCUUGAGAAAGGGCCGUUUUGACAAGAUUAUUCGGGUUGGCUUGCCAUCAAAAGAUGGUAGAUUUGCCAUAUUAAAGGUGCAUGCUCGAAAUAAAUAUUUUCGUUCAGAGGAGGAGAAGGAUAUUCUACUUCAGGAAAUUGCAGAGCUUACAGAAGAUUUUACUGGAGCAGAGUUGCAAAAUAUACUGAAUGAAGCUGGAAUUUUGACAGCUAGGAAGGACUUGGAUUACAUUGGACGAGAAGAACUUCUUGAGGCCUUGAAGCGGCAAAAGGGUACUUUUGAAACAGGUCAAGAAGAUAGCACUGAAGUGCCUGAAGAAUUAAAACUGAGAUUGGCAUACCGAGAAGCAGCUGUUGCGAUUCUUGCUUGUUACUUUCCAGAUCCUUACCGUCCUUUUGCUGAGACAGAGAUUAAUUCCAUACGAAAUCAGCCAAAUAUGCGCUACACAGAGACAUCAGGCAGGGUAUUCAAGAGGAAGGUGGAUUAUGUGAACUCAAUAGUGCGUGCAUGUGCUCCCAGAGUAAUUGAGGAAGAGAUAUUUGGGGUUGAUAAUCUAUGCUGGAUUUCUGCAAAGGCCACAUUAGAAGCUUCAAGACUUGCAGAAUUCUUGAUUCUGCAAACAGGAAUGACUGCAUUCGGGAAGGCCUAUUAUAGAUAUCAGAACGAUCUUGUGCCUAAUCUUGCUGCCAAACUCCAAGCACUUAGAGACGAAUACAUGCGUUUUUCUGUGGAGAAAUGCGCAAGUGUACUACGAGAAUACCGCCCUGCUGUAGAAAACAUUACAGAUGUCCUACUUGAGAAGGGAGAGAUAAAAGCCGAUGAAAUUUGGGACAUAUACAAUAGUUCUCCACGGAUACCUCAGCCUGCUGUGAGCCCGGUUGAUGAAUAUGGAGCCCUUAUAUAUGCUGGACGUUGGGGACUCCACGGCAUUUCACUUCCAGGAAGAGUGACUUUUUCACCUGGGAAUGUAGGGUUUUUGACUUUUGGUGCACCGCGUCCUAUGGAGACUCAAAUCAUCAGUGACGACACAUGGAAGUUGAUAGAUGGAAUAUGGGAUAAAAGGGUUCAGGAACUCAAGGCUGAGGCAUCAGUUGAAAUUGAAGAAGAAGAAGAAGUUAAAGAGACGCCUCAACUUGUGAUGGCCAGCCAUUUUCUAUAA